GAGAGGUACCUCUCUUAGAUCCAAAUUCUCUCUUUUUUCUUUUGGAGGACUCCAAACUGCAAUGGAACACAAAGGGAUCCAGAUACUCUCAGUCAUCCUCAUUUUAGGACUCAGUGCACUGACUGAAGGAGAAGAAGCACCAGCUCCAUGCCGAUGUAAUGUGGAUCCGAAAACCAGAACGAACUGUGGGCCUCCAGGAAUCUCUCCUGAGGAGUGCAGGAAUUCAGGAUGCUGUUUCAGUUCAGAAGUUCCAGACGUCCCCUGGUGCUUCACACCUCUCCCAAAGAAAUAUAAGAAGGUCUGUAUUGAAGAGAUAAAACUCAGAACAAACUGUGGUUACCCUGGCAUCUCUGCUGAACUAUGUGAGGCAAGAGGCUGUUGUUUUGAGUCAAGACCGCCUGCUGUCCCCUGGUGCUUCUAUCAUCUUCAGGUGCAAGAAGAUUGUUAAAGAGAAUUUGCACCUGGAAUUCAGGCAAGCAACCUGUCAAUUGAUCAACUGAAGCAGGAAAAUAAUAGUAAUGCUCACAUCUUAUACUUCACACUGUGUAGCAAUUCUGAUUUCUAAAUAAUUUGUGUCUUGGGUUUAUUCCUUUUCAAUGACCCAAUUAAUUGCAGCUUUUAUUCUUUUCAGUAGGUUGGUACCAG